GUCUCUGUGCAACCGAGGUAGUUAUUAACUCACAGUUUUCCGGCUAGAAAUGACCGACGUAUUGGAUCCGCAUCCGAGUGCUUUUGUGGCCAUGGCGAACGAGACUGACAAUCGUAAAAAGCCGAACGUCCGUGUCGAGACACGGCCUCGUCUUGAAACCAGCUUCAUUCCUGUACCCGGGACGAACGAUGAACAGUUUCAAAAGGAUUUUCCGGCCUACACGGGUGGACUAGUUUAUUCGAAUCCCGGCCAAUAUGUCGUGAUGCCAGAGUAUUCCAAAAAAGCUGAAAUCGUUUACAAUUUGAAGCCCCGGCCAGACGAUGUCUACAUCCUCACCUUCCCGAAAUGCGGUACAACUUGGAUGCAAGAACUCGUUUGGUUAGCUAUUCACAACUGUGAUUUCGAGAAAGCUAAAACUCCGCUCAACAUUAGAUCCCCUUUUCUAGAGAUGAACUACAUGUUACCCAAAGUCUUGACCGACAAGUACGAAAGGGACGCCAUUGUUUAUCAGACGGGCAUACCCGGCAUCUCGAAAUUCUUGGAGAUUCUCGACUAUUGGAAUUUAAGAGAUGUCUUGAGACCGCACGUUAAGAAAUUAGUGAACAUGGUAUGCGGUCACGUCAUGCGCGAUGUUGAAGAAAUGGAACAAAUGAGUGAAACGCGAAUCAUCAAGAGCCACUUGCCUCUCUAUUUACUCAAUCCCGAGCUACUCAACACUAGCAAAGUGGUUUACGUUGCACGGAAUCCCAAAGACGUCCUCGUCUCGUACUUUCACUAUCACAAGUUGAUUCACUUUCAUCAGUUCACCGGUGACCUGGAGACCUUUGCCGACUAUUUUAUGUCCGACAAAGUAUACGCUUCGCCAUUUUUCCCUCAUUUAAUGGAUGCCUGGAGCAAGCGCCAUCACCCAAAUAUGCUUUUCGUUUUUUACGAAGACUUGAAACGGGAUUUACGAGGAGAAAUUCAGAAGGUGGUCCGUUUUCUGGGCAAGUCUGUCAGCGAGGAGCAAUUGACGAAGCUUACAGAGCACCUACGAGUCGACCAAUUCGCCAAAAAUGAAGCCGUUAACUACGAAGUUUGCAAGGAAUUGGGUUUCAUGAACAACAGCGGCCACUUUAUACGUAAAGGUAAAACAGGCGAUUGGAAAAACCAUUUUUCUCCCGAACUGAAUGCCAGGAUCGACCUGUGGAUUGAAUCAAAUCUCAAGGGCACCGACUUGAGCUUCAUCACAGAGUUAGAUCAGCAAGACUGAUCCACCGACAAAGGCAAAUUAGUAUUGUUUCUCUUCAUCUCAGCCACCAACUGGCUAUUUUAGCUCUCUCUCAAAAUAAAUUAAAAAAAACA